ACGCCAGGCGUAGAAUUCAGUAAGCGAACGGCUCUCAACGGCCACGAACGUGUUUUUCGUUCUUCGGUUCCCGCGCAUGCAUAUAUAUAUAUGUAUAUAUGUACCCGAGACUGAUCCGAAAGAAACAUAAUCGAGACGCUGUCGGAAAUUCGCAUCAUAUAAACUGUAACGAACAACCGCGACACAUACCCGAUUUCAAGAGAGUUCACUAGCAAAAAUAGUUCUUCGGUUUAUUCCAUUUUUCAUUCUUCACUUUUAUUUUCGCAACUGUGGCUUUAAUAAUUCAAACUGGAUUCCAACAAGCAGUACGUGUCGCGAUUACAUCGCGGCUACCGGAGGCUUAAAAAAUUAUUCAAGCGUGUGGCGAACCAGGCGCUUACCGUUUCGCCACAGCCGGCAGUAACGGUGGAGGGGCCGGUGUCCAAAAUGUCUCCACCAACGAACGACGUGACCAAUGGUGUGGUAGCGCCACCCAACACCCUGGCGCCCCGGGUUUCACCGACCACGAACCCGGCCCUCACCACCAUCAACCCGCCAACGCACAAGCGGACUCCCAAGGACUUCAUCUUUGGCAAGGCGAUCGGCGAGGGGAGCUUCUCCACCGUUUACCUGGCCAAGGAUAUCCACACCGGGAAGGAGUACGCGAUCAAGGUGUGCGACAAACGUCACAUCAUCAAGGAGAAGAAGACGGAGUACGUGAAGCGAGAGAAGGAGGUGUUGAACAUGCUCGCGGGCGCGAAGCACUCGUUCGUGCGCCUGUUCUGCACCUUCCAAGACGUGGAAAGACUCUAUUUCGUCCUGUCCUACGCGAAGAACGGUGAGCUGUUGCCGUACAUCAACAAGGUUGGCUCGUUCGACAUCGAGUGUACCAAGUUCUACUCGGCGGAGAUCCUUCGCGCGCUCGAAUACCUCCACGGCCUGGGGAUCAUCCAUCGCGAUCUCAAGCCGGAGAAUAUAUUGUUGGACGAGAAGAUGCACGUGCUCAUCACCGAUUUCGGUAGCGCCAAGAUCCUCAAGGACCCGGAGACGGUGACGCAUCCCGCGGCCGACGAGUCGCAGCAACAGCAGCAGCAGCAACAACAACAACAACAACAGCAGCAGCAACAACCGUUCCGAAGAGAACGCAGGGGCUCGUUCGUUGGCACGGCCCAAUACGUGUCGCCCGAGCUGUUGACCGAUAAGACGAGCAGAGCGUCCGAUCUCUGGGCCCUCGGCUGCAUAAUCUACCAGAUGGUCGCCGGCCUGCCCCCCUUCCGCUCCAGGAGCGAGUACAUGAUAUUCCAAAAAAUCCUGAAGCUCGAGUACGAGAUCCCGGAUGGAUUUUGCGAGCUGGCGAGAUCCCUCGUCAGUCGGCUGCUGGUGCUCGAGCCAUCGCAGAGAUUGGGCGCGCAGGACGAGCACGGAGCCGGUUACCCGAGCAUAAGGGCGCAUCCGUUCUUCGAGGGUGUCGACUUCGAGACCCUUCACGAGCAGACACCGCCCCCGAUAUACCCCUACCUACCCGGCACGUCGGAGAACGAGGAGCUGAGGUCGCAGUACAGGGUUCCCGACCACCUGGAGCCCGGCCUCGACGACAAACAGUUGACGAGGCUUCUCGGCCUGGGAAUCGGCGAGGACGACGACGACGACGACGACGAGGACACGGCCACGACCGAGCGCGAGAGACCCGCGCAGACGAGCACCGUCGUGUGCGAGAAGCCGAGGAGGACCAAGAUCACGACAAGCAGCGACGGUAACAUCGCCGACCUGUCGCCGGAGGAGAUCAGGAACCGAUUGGAGAAGCAACGCGCCUCCAACCAGUGGGACGGUUUCGUCGAGGGAAAUUUGAUAUUGAAGCAAGGGUUCGUCAACAAAAGGAAAGGGCUGUUCGCAAGACGGAGAAUGCUCCUGCUCACCACCGGGCCACACCUUUACUACGUUGAUCCUGUGAACAUGGUGCUCAAGGGGGAAAUACCCUGGAGUCCGGAGCUUAGGGUCGAGCCAAAGAGCUUCAAAAUUUUCUUCGUCCACACGCCGAACAGAACGUAUUAUCUGGAAGAUCCCGAGGGAUUCGCAUUGGAAUGGUGUAGAGCGAUAGAGAAUAUGCGAGUCCAUUACUACGGCCUGCAGGAGUCCACCGCUUAAACAGAAGACUGAUGAACGGAAAUCGUUUCGGAUGGAACAGAGAGCGAAUCGUUUCACCGAUUACGGUAAUCGCAAUGUCCGCGGGAUUCGAUCGCGGAUAUAUAUAUAUCAUUAUAUCCGUUAUUCGUGGCCAGAGGAGGAGGCGUUUCGUAUAGAUCGUUUGUUAGCAUUGUAAACUCGGCGUUAGGAGGGAUUACAUUCUAGGAUAGGUUUAGCGUUCUCUCUAACGCUUUCCAAGCGUUAUGUGUACAGUUUAGGAAAAAUUUUCUAGGUAAAAAAAAUUCAAUGUGUCGGCGGCCCUCUCUCAUCUGAUCAAGCUCAAGAGGGAAGCUUACUCUGCGAGAAGAGAAGAAAAAGCGUAUCGAAAUCGUGCAGUUACACAUCUUUUUUUUUUGUUUCUCUCUUCACUAAUUGUAUUUGUCGUUUUGCUAUUUAUUGUCGAACUCGGAUGAACUUGAUUGAGAAAAAAGGCUGCACGGCGUCUCUUAGCGCGUGAAUUUACACGGGGAAUAGCGAAAUUUAGUAGCCAAGGUUUUUAGCUGUGUUGUGUAUUCAUUCGCACAGCGUUUGAGCGCUGCCGUACGGUGUGACGUAACGUUCGUGAUCGAGGUCGCCUGAUCCUUUACUUUCGUUUACUAGAGAAAGGGAAAUAAAACUGUUCUUCAUCCGCGCGAAAUUUCGUUUAAAUAUUCAUGAUACGUAAUCGAAACAUCACAAUCACAAAAUUUUAAUCGGGGGUUAAACCUCUGGAUGCUUCGUAAAUAUUUAAGAAAAGAAACGAGGAAAAAUAGCGUGUAUCUGGUUGGACUAUGAGACGAAGAUUAUUAAAUAUAGAUUAUAAGAUAUGAAUGAAAAUCAGGUAUGCAUCGAUCACGCGCGUUUAUAUCAACAGCAGCGUGUAGCAAUUUUGUUCCAAAUAUAGUCAAAAUUAAUAUAGGAAAAAUUACAGACGAGUUUUUUUUUUAGAAUCGACAGCAACGCGAGAGAGCAUGUAAAUUGUCUGCUCGCUGUCGAUUCAUCGACAAAUCUAGAAUGUCAAUUUAUAUAGUCGAAGUUAAUCAAAAAAAAGGAAAAGAAAAAAAGGAAAAAAAAAAAAGAAAAAAAAAAGGGAAAAAAAAAAGAAAAAAAUGCAGUGGGGACAACAUUGCCGCUUUGCAGCUUUAAUAAACAAUUUACGUUGCCUGAAAGAGGGAUUCCCGGAAUUUUGCGCGUUGUUCCGUCGAAUCUCUUUGCUCUCUUCAUAUUACAGUAUUCUUCUCGUUAUUCGUUACCCCUUUUUUUUCUUCUCGAUACGUUGUAAAUAUUAGCGCGAUUUCACGAAGAGCAGGCUUCGUAAAAAUACAUAUAUCAAUUGUAUACAUAUAGUUCUAUAUAUAUAUAUAUAUGUAUAUAUAUUUAUAUAUACAUAUAUAUAUAUAUAUAUAUAUUUGUAAGUACAAAGAUCGUUGUCCGACCACGGCGUUUUUUCCAUUCGUUUCUUAGUUCGAUUUACUUUGUCUCCAAUCUGGCCCUCGCGGACACGAUCGAAUUAAAUGUGUGUAUAGCCGGGAACUAUAUAGAGAAGGACAGUGUUUAGAUCUUAAUCGGGAGAGAAAUAAAUUUUUAGUAAUUUUGUUUAAAAACGGAGGAUGGAAGAAAUUAGUAUUUGUUGUACAAAAAGAAGAAAAAAGGGGGGGGAAAAAAAAAAGAAAAGCGGUGGAGAUUGGGAAGAAAUUUUCUCUUCCCGUUGGAAGACUUGGUGAAACUUGGGAAUGUGACCUUAUGAAUUAAGUAGAUAGGUAAUAGAAUCGUCUAAAAAGAAAAAAAAAAAGGAUAGCUUUAAGAGUAGUAACCCCGUAUAGAUUUGCGAGAAUCACACACACACACACACGCACACACACAUACACGGAAACACAUACACCAUCAGCAUCACACUCGUUGCGUUCUAAACUAUUGUCGUUGUCAUUCUUACACUAUAAUUUUUUUUUUUUUUUCCUAGUAUUUAGUAAAGCUAUUACGAUCGUAUCGUUAAGCGAUAUUAAUUAACUGUUUCAUCGUAUUACAAAACGUAUAAGUAUUUUUUUUUUUCCCCUCGUAAUUGUCGACGUGUAUUUAAGUAGUAAACGGUUCUGUUUCUCUUCCUUUCUUUUCUUUUCUUUUCUUUUCUUUUUUUUUUCUUUCCUUUUUUUUUCUUUUUCAUUUUUUUUCUCUCACGCGCGAUCUUUUGUUAAUUUAUUAUUAUUCGCCGUACACACGUCCUGCGUUAUUAUUUAUUUUUUUUUUUUUUAUCGUUUACGUUUCCGCGUUAGAUCACACGCCUCGUUUACGCGUAGAUCACAUACAGACUUAGUACUACUACUACUACUACCGCUGCCACCACUGCGAUCAUUAUUAUUAGUGCUAUUACUAUUACUGUGUCCAUUUACUAUUGCUAUUAUAUUAUCAUUGUUGCAUACGUAGAUACACGUAUACGUAUGCGUGCGCGUCACACGUGUAUAUGCGUAUGCGCGUGUUUAUAAUGCGUUCUGUAAACUUAUAUUAUUACUAUCUCCUCUUUAGAUGUAAUUUUUAGAUACUUUGUAAAUAAUACUGCCAAUUUAUCGCGCAUCGACUUCCGAAACGCUAUGUUCGUUCCUCUCUUCGUGCGUGACCAAGUCGUGGCCAAACCGUGUACGAUACAGCUGUAUAUUAUCUAUACAUAAAUAUUCUAUAUAUACAUAUAUAUUAUAUAUAUAUAAAAAAAGGUAUAUAUAUAUACACACACACAUACAUAGAUGCAUACAGUUAUAUAAAAUAUUUAUGAAUUGUGAAUAGUAGUUAGGGAAAUCGUGUAUAAACGUUCGUUAAACGUAGGUUAUAGGCCGAAUACGCGCUUAGGUUAAAAUAAAAACUUUGUUGACGUUACCUUCGCCACGACUCGAUCGCGCCAAUUUCAUCGUACGUUGUACUAUAAAGGCAUCCAUAUCUCACCAUCUCCUCGCGAUAAUUAGACGAGACAUAAACAGGGUAUUCGAGGAAGGGAUUCGAUGGGGGGGGGGGAAUGGUUUGGUCGUCGUGCCUGCGAAGCUGCACGAGUAUGCUCGAAAUAAUGGCGAUCCGUUUACGGAUCGGCAUUGUCCUUGUGCCCAGUGGCUUUCCAAAAUGACCGCUUUUGGCGUGCCGCGUACGGUGCUUGCGGGCGAAAACGGGGCGCGCAGGCUCGACGAUCGUCCACUCUCUCUCUCUCGUCGUUUCUUUCUCUUCAACUAGUGAGAAUCGAUCGCGAGGAGGUUAUCCGAUAGUUGUUGUCGUCGUUGAUUUCCCUUCUUUCCAUUUCCUAUCUAUUCCUUCAUCCGUGCGGAAUAGCGUCUCGGUAGUAUUUAGAUAAAAUGAAGCAUCUUGACGCGGUCUUUCUGUCGAAAACGAAAGCAUAUUGUGCGUCGAGGGCGUUCUCAAAAUUUCGAGAGGCGUGCGAAAUAUUGCUUUAUCAGAGAAGAAACGCUUCAAUCGUUCACGGUCAAGUCCGAUGUUAUAGUUCCUCGUUGCCCCGACGCAAUUGUUUCCUUUUCGAAGAAAGAACGCGUUCGAUGAUCCUAUCAUCGAUCUUGGGAACCGUUUUUAAUCGCGGAUCGGUGAUACGGUGUGCGGCACUUCUGCGUUUCCAUUGUUGUAAACUUUGCAGGUUCUACGUUUUAUGCAGACGUUGCAAACUUUCAGAUGGAAAUGUAUAUAUAUAUAUAUAUAUAUAUAUUUUUUUUUUUUUCCUAAGCGCCGACUCCUAUCGAGGGGAAAGGGUUAGUCGCUUUUAUUAAAUAGUUUUCCGUCGGUUUUGGAGACUGGUCUUGAGAUUCCUAACCUCAAAGGGCGACGCUUACCUCCUUUUUUUUUUUUUAUUAUUAUUAUAGUUCACUUACUCUAGCUGAACUUAACAAAAAAUCUCUAGUGUGUUUGUUGAGAGGCGUUCGACGUGAAAGAAUAUAGCUAAUUUAAUUUAUACGCUCGGAAGAGAAAAAAAUACUUAAAAAAUCGAGAACAUGUGUAUGUAAAGAAAAAAAGAAAGAAAGAAAGAAAGAAAACAUUCGAAUACACUGUAUGUAAAUCACGCAAGCAAUAACAACAAGGCCUUGCGAUCAUUCAAAUGCCUACCGUUUCGGCGUAAUAAGGACGGUUCAACUAUUAAUUGCAGUAUUACUAAAUGUAUACAGACUAAAAUACACUUACACGCCAAUACCUACACAACAAUUUACGUAUACACACUAAAUACUUCACACUUGGAUAAGAAGACUCUGUAAAUAGUUAGCACGUAAUUGAUAUUAUAGGCGACAAACCUAUUAAUAUUAACAUCAAAUUUAUUUAUAGUAAAUUUUCCGAAAUAUCGUA